AUGGCGCUAUCGAGGCAGGAUCCACGUCUUGCCCUUUAUUGCGAAAGACAAGACGAUAUAUCGCAACUUGUCCGGCGUUUUGUAUUGUUUUUCUUCUACGAGGAUCGUUCCAUUGAAAUGCGGGAAAUUCCCAAGAAUGUGCUUUAUCUCAGGCGCGCCCCCUUCCCUCACUUGAAGAAAGAUGAUUUUACUCUCGGUGCGUCUCUGACAAUAAAUGGUGGAAUUGUUAAAAUUACCGACUACGCGGAUGAGGUAACACGUGUGUUGUGUGAAAAGAAGAGUGAGUUCACGGUGGUGCUUUUAGGGGAUUCGCUGUUCCCACGGCUGGGCCAUUACUUGGCCAUACUCACGGAAGAGUGUGAUUUUACUAUUUCUUCCAUGCAAAUGGCAUGGCUACAUGAAGGCACCUCGGAGAAGUAUAGUCUGCCUGAAGAGCUCACAGAUUCCCGCUUGGUUGCAGCAUGUUGUGUGCGCGCCGACGCUAUUCAAAAGGGACUAGAUUACGUAAAACGCAUACCUGGCGCAUUUGCAGCGAGUGAUGAGAAUGAGGCUAAAAAAUGGGCACAGUUAGUGGAGCAUGUGAGCCGAGAUCCAGUUGCCAUUCGGGGGGAUUCUCGCUGCUCUGUGGUUAUUGUGAAACCACAUGCUGUACAAAGCCACGCUGCUGGCGUUAUCCUUCAGCAGCUGGUUGAUACGGGACUUGAGCUGACGGCAUUAAUGCUUGCCAACCUUUCUUCACGCGUAGUGGAUAACUUUCUUGAGCCGUACAAGGGUGUGCUUUCCGAUUUUGGGGAGUCGGCUAAGGCCCUGACUGGUUUGGUUUGGAUUCUUCAGCUGGUAUCGCUAGAUGAUAGCGUUGACGUGGUACAUCUCGUGCGUGAAGUCUGCGGCCCCUUUGAUCCGGCAUUUGCAAAGGAGCUACGGCCCAAGUCUAUCCGCGCAAGAUUUGGCGUGGAUCGUGCGAACAAUGCGGUGCAUUGUUGUGAUCUACCCGAAGAAGGGCCAAUUUACACGAGUUUCUUCUUUGACUCCAUAAAUGUAGAGGAGUGA